UUGUCGCAGGUCUGCGCGUCCUUGUUUCAUCUGAUGGGACGAUGUAAGGACCGGCUGCCAAAUAUGUGACGAGAUCUUCGAUAAUGGAGUAGGAACUCAUUCAAAUAUCUUCAUAUUCCCAAAAAUUAUUCCCAGAUAUUUUCCAGUCUGAUCAACGGCGGGCUUCCUUUUUAUUAUUGUUAUUGUUAUUUUUAUUUUUAUUCUUCGCAUUGCUGGUCAACUUGCGCUGUUAUACAUACAUAAUUUCAUCGCCUAAUUCAAGAUGCUGUACGAAUCUCUCGUCAUUUUAGCGGCGGCCUCGGCAACGCUGGCUGCUACUCCCCAAGGGUUUCAGCCCGCAACGGAAGCUACUCUAUUCGUUUCUUAUGGCGGCAGUGCAGCCGCAAAUGGUGGAAAUGUUCUGGAAAAAGCGGUGACCCAGACGGCUCCUACUGUCGGUACACCGUCCAAGCUGGACGGGACAUCGUUCGCGGUGCUGAUGAUGGACCUGGAUAUCCCCACGAACAACCCUCCUGCGACAGGAACUCUUCUCCAUUGGAUGCAGACUGGUUUGACGCAAAGCACGACUGCGACGGCUAUAAAUACGACCACUGGCAGCAUGAGUGCUUUCCUAUUGCAGAACUCCAAAAACCAGACUGCAUUUGCAGCGUAUUUAGGGCCGGCGCCACCAGCACGAGUUCCGCUAUCUCAUCGAUAUACGCAGAUCCUAGUGGACACAUCAAACGCCUCGACUAAUAGCCUCAAGGUCCUUCAGACGGCAGCUUCGAACCGAAGUAAUUUCAAUGCCAUGUCCGUCUUGACACAAGCCGGGCUAGCAAACAAGGUCCUGGCCGCAAAUUUCUUCAACGUGACGAACUCUACCACUGCCAGCACUUCGGGAGGAAGCACCAGUAGCACUGGAGCUGACUCUGUCGCCUCGCCAACCCAGACAUUUGUUCCCGCUGGGGCGGUGUCUCAGAGAGCUAGUGGGAUGCUUUUGGCUAUAGGAUUAGUUGCCGCAGUAUUCAUCAGUCUGUAAAUUGAGUUGGGAUGAGAUGAGAUGAAUAAGAAUGAAAUGACAAUAAAACCGAUGUCAUCGCGCAAGAGAAAGCCAAGACAUACACGCUUACGUUCGUCGAAGUUGAAGAGUACCUGUCAUGCUAUCGAGUUUCUUACUAGAGAUCCACAGAAAUCUCAGCAACCA